AUGCUCGGCAGCUUGUUCUUUAUCUUCAACCGGAUCGUGGAGAUCGUCUUCUUGAUCCCAAUCAUUGGAAUGCUGGCCUAUUUUGUCAAUGGAUAUCUCAAAGCAAACGAGCUGACACCGGCGUUCAUCCUUGUUCUCUUCAUCGUCAGUGUGGUCGCCGCCUUCUGGGCGCUGGACACCCUCAUCCGGCUGUCGACAACGAAGCGGUCCGCGAUCUUUGUCGCCUUCGUCGACCUGUUGUUCUUCGGCGCGUUCGUUGCGGGCGUUUGGCAGCUGCGUUUCAUCGCCCACUCCGACUGCACACACUGGGAUGGCGGCUCGGUGUACAUCUCGCUGGGGCCGUUCGGGUACUACGGGUCCGAGAAGGGCUACACGCUGCAUAUCAACAAGACAUGCGCCAUGCUCAAGUCCUCCUUCGCCAUGGGGAUCAUGGAGGCCGUGUUCUUCCUCUGGACCGCGCUGAUCGCCCUCUUCCUCCACCGCAACCGCGAGGUCGUCACCAAGGAGACUGUCGUACGUCGGAGAAGCCACAGCAGCAGACGCGGCCACUCCUCUUCUCAGCGUCAUCGUAGUUCCAGCCGCCGGCGGGCCGAUUACGUUUAA